UCCCGAGUAGACUGACUGAGCUCAGACUGGAGAUUGAUCAGCAUCCGCUCCGCUUUUUCACGGUGUGCUAGCUGCCUAUUCGACUCCACCCUUAUGGAUUUUAAUGUGCUGUAUUUUUUUUAAACGACACAUUUGAAUACUCGAUGCUUGUUAAACUAGGAAGCUGUAUUUUUUAUUCGUCGGCUGAGGUAAAUACAGAGGAUCACACACAUGUAGCCGUUGUGAAGCUAGCUGAGGAAGUGGACAGUUAAGUUACUUUUCUUCUGCAUGGUGGAAGGAGACGCGAAAUGCCACAAAAAUCCACAUCUCGGCCUCUUCCAGAGCGUCUAAUAUCUUCGUCAUCAUUCACAGGAUUACUUGGAGCUCUCUGCAACUGUAUAGUUAAAUUGAAUUGAUGGUAAAAUCCAUCAUCCACAGCUAGCCCAUUAGCCAACUCCCCAAGUGUUUUGUUUUUACAGAGUAUUAACAGUUUAUGUCGUGUCAGUCUUCUUCCCCCCCACAGAUAGUUAUUUAGAUUACGUUUAGAAAAUGUCAUUUUUCAAUUUUCGGAAGAUAUUUAAGCUGGGCACGGAGAAGAAGAAGAAACAAUAUGAGCACGUUCACAGAGACAUCAACCCAGAGGAGGUUUGGGAGAUCGUGGGAGAACUUGGGGAUGGAGCCUUUGGGAAAGUCUACAAGGCUCAGAACAAACAGACCGGGAUCCUGGCUGCAGCUAAAGUGAUCGACACCAAAACAGAAGAGGAGCUGGAGGACUACAUGGUGGAGAUCGACAUCCUCGCCUCCUGUGACCAUCAGUACAUAGUCAAACUGCUGGAUGCUUUCUAUUAUGAGAGCAAACUAUGGAUUCUCAUUGAGUUUUGUGCUGGAGGAGCAGUGGAUGCUGUGAUGUUGGAGCUGGAGCGGGCAUUGACAGAGCCUCAGAUCCGGGUUGUGUGUAAACAUACUCUGGAGGCGCUGGCUUACCUCCAUGAGAAUAAGAUUAUACACCGGGACCUAAAAGCUGGAAAUAUUCUCUUUACAUCAGAUGGAGAAGUCAAAUUGGCUGACUUUGGAGUGUCUGCAAAGAAUACAAAGACCCUUCAGAGAAGAGACUCUUUCAUUGGAACACCAUACUGGAUGGCACCCGAGGUGGUGAUGUGUGAGACGUCAAAGGACAGACCGUAUGACUACAAAGCAGACAUCUGGUCCCUGGGGGUGACUCUGAUCGAGCUGGCACAGAUCGAGCCGCCUAACCACGAGAUGAACCCAAUGAGAGUCCUGCUAAAAAUAGCAAAGUCUGAGCCCCCCACACUUGCAAUUCCAUCACGAUGGUCUCCUGAGUUCAGUGAUUUCCUGCGGAAAGCACUGGAUAAAAAUGUAGACAACAGGUGGAGUGCACUGCAGCUCUUACAGCAUCCAUUUGUUUCAAAUGUGAUGGAUAACAAACCAGUGCGAGAGCUGAUUGCUGAGGCUAAAGCCGAAGUGUUUGAGGAGUUUGAAGAGGGCAAAGAGGAAGAGGAAGAAGAAGAGCCAGAGUCCCAGCUGGUGGUGUCUGGACACAAACGUGCAUUAUCGGACACCAGCGUCGGCAGCUUGGAGGACGAGAGGCAGUAUCAGAACACAUCAACUCUCGAGUCAGUCACAGAGAAGGCUGAACCUGAAAGAAAGCCCAGUUCAGAGGAUCAAGUUAGUGAUAAGACCUCUGACAUGAUGGCGGAUGCCAGCAAACCCAACCAUGCUAAGGAUGAGAAGGUAAAGGAGGCCAGUCCAUCAGACACCAGCACUGAGGAAUCACGUUCUGGUGAGAAGGCUAUUUCAAAACACCAAGAAUCUCCCACACCUGUGACCACAGAAGUAGAAAUUUCUGGUCAGCCAAAUCCUCCAGUGUCAAAUGACGCUGUCCUCCAAGAGAUCGUAACUGUCAGUGAGGAAACUGGGGAGGAAGAAAAGAAGGAGGUGAAGGUGGAAGAGCAACCAAAGGAGAAACAAGAAGAGUGUAAAGAAACACAGCAAGAAGCCAAAAUGCAAAACACCACAGAUGAUGAAGACAAACGUACCCUGCCUUCAGAUAUAGCUGAACCAGAGAACAAAUCUGAUGGGGUUACUGAAGAAGCGAUCACAAAACCAAUUGAGGUUGCAGAAAAAACUGAAGACAAAAUUGAGAAAGAGGAAGAAAUGAAUAAAAAGGAACCAACAGAAGAGUUAGAGGAGGCGCAAACUGAAAUUUCACCAGAUGUUUCUACAGAAGAGGUAAAGGAGGAUCUUCCUCCAGUGGCAACAGUGGACCAAGAAAAAGCUGGAGAUAAGGGUGAGAGUUCAGAACCCAAAGACGAUCUUGCAGCCAAGGGGGUAGAUGUAGAAGAGGAAAACAUUGUGAAUGAAUUCCCUGUUGUUGUCAUCAAUGGUAUAAGAGAAGAUGAGGUCAGCGCAAUGGAGGAACCUCAAGAAGCCCAUGAAGACAGACCAGAGAUCCAGGAAGCAUCUACCAUGCCUGAGAGUGACCAGAAUGCAGAGGUUGCGAAAGCUGAUGUUGAAAAGGAAAAAGACUCUGACUCAGGCAGCAGUUCUGCUGCAGAUACUAACAGCAUUGACAUUAAUCUGUCAAUCUCCAGCUUCCUCUCCAAAAGCAAAGAAGGAUCUCUUUCAGUACAGGAUAUCAAGCGCCAAAAGAAAACACUGAAAAAGACUCGCAAGUUUAUGGUCGACGGGGUGGAAGUCAGUGUCACAACAUCCAAAAUGGUCACCGACAAUGACACCAAGAGUGAGGAACUGAGAUUUUAUAGGCGUCAGGAGUUACGAGAACUGAGGUUGCUGCAAAAAGAGGAGAAAAGAGCUCAACAGCAGCUUACCGAUAAACUACAGCUGCAGAAAGAGCAGCUCUUCAGGCGCUUCGAGCAGGAAAUGACGGGGAAGAAGCGUCAGUAUGACCAAGAGGUGGAGAACCUAGAGAAACAGCAGAAACAGACCAUAGAGCGUUUGGAGCAGGACCACACCAACCGGCUAAGAGAUGAGGCCAAGAGGAUCAAAGCAGAGCAGGACAAGGAGCUCUCCAAGUUCCAGAACAUGCUGAAGAACCGCAAAAAAGAGGAGCAAGAGUUUCUCCAGAAGCAGCAGCAGGAGCUGGAUGGAGCUCUGAAGAAGAUCAUUCAGCAGCACAAACUAGAGAUUGCCACUAUUGAGAGAGACUGUCUCAACCACAAGCAGCAGCUCAUGAGAGCUCGAGAGGCAGCCAUGUGGGAGCUGGAGGAGCGCCACCUGCAGGAGAAACACCAGUUGCUGAAGCAGCAGCUGAAGGAUCAAUACUUCAUGCAGAGACAUCAGCUCCUCAAAAGGCAUGACCAGGAGAAGGAGCAGAUGCAGGGCUAUAACCAGCGGCUGAUAGAGGAGAUGAAGAACAGGCAGGCACAGGAAAAAACUAGACUGCCCAAGAUCCAGCGCAGUGAAGCCAAGACCCGUAUGGCGAUGUUUAAAAAGAGCCUGCGGAUCACUGGAUCGGGAACACCAGAGCAGGACAGAGAGAAGAUCAAACAGUUUGCCACUCAGGAGGACAAGAGACAGAAGAAUGAGAGACUUCAUCAGCAUCAGAAGCAUGAGAACCAGAUGAGAGACCUGCAGCUGCAGUGUGACUCCAACAUUAGAGAACUACAACAGAUGCAGAAUGAGAAAUGCCACCUCCUGAUUGAGCAUGAGACUCAAAAGCUGAAGGAACUGGAUGAGGAGCACGGUCAGGAGCUGAAAGACUGGAGGGAGAAGCUUCGUCCAAGGAAGAAGGCUCUGGAGGAAGAGUUCACACGUAAAAUGCAGGAACAGGAAGUCUUCUUUAAGAUGAGCGGAGAGUCCGAAUGCCUCAACCCAACCGCCCAGAGCAGAGUCUCUAAAUUCUACCCCAUUCCCAGUGUGCACUCCUCCGGCUCUUAAUCUUCACUGAGCUUUAUCUAAAGUGAGGAGAGCUGUUCCAGUCAAGAGCCCAUUAGCCUUUUAAAGGUAUGAAAUCAGAAUAGAUGUCACGGGGUUGAUAUGAAAUUCCAGAAAACCUGAAAGUUGGAAUCGUACAGUGAUGAAGGACAAACCCCAUGCAUUACCUACACAUGCUUUUUUGCCACAUUGCAUCGAACGGAUUAACACUUUAGUUUUCUGUAUGUUGUCUUCUUGUCACGUUAAUUUUUGCUUGAGACAUUAGCACAAAUUAGCAGUGAAUACACUCAGGCAAUAUCAUCUUGUCUGUGGAAUACAUGCAUGAAAAAGCCUUAAUGAAGGUCACUGAUGCCCAUAACAAACAAAACAUCACAAACAAAAAUUAUACCACUUAAAUGGUGAUAGGUCAUAUUUAACAGGACACAUGGACACUAGUCACUGUUAAACUCAAUUCUCUAAAUGUUCAAAUGAAGCUUCAGUACUGUUUGGGCUUGUAGCAGCUGUUAUAUGUUGUAUUUCUUGAAUACUCUGGCCUAUUCUGUUUUUAAUGUCCACGUAAAGAUACUUUUAAAACAAACUACUCUUUUUAACCUUUUCUUUUACUAUUUGACUUAUGGUGAAAGAUAUUUGCAGACAAGGAAUGUAACCCGUAAGAUGACAUUGCACACUUUAAAGCAAAAACAUAUGCAGUAGUGAUCUCUUUAGUGCAUUUUGAAGGAAACAAAUAUUUGUAUACAAUGAUGUCUCUCUCAUCUGGCAAGUCACUUUGUGGUCCAGAGGACCCAAGUUUAUUUUUUUUAUAAACAAGUUAAUUUUACAUCUUUGAAGAAGAAUAAGGCAGUCUUUGCCUUCUUGAAUGUUUCAUAUAUGGUGUUAGAAAGUUAUUUAUAGAUUUAACUUUUUAUUGUUCGUUUUUAUUUUUCCUGUUUCAUCAAUAUAUAUACGGGCAGUAUGAACUUGCACAUGUUAGAUGGUUUAUCUGCAGUUUAGUGUCUUUUAAUUUUUUUUUAUUAAAGGGGACAAUGUGCCCUUCUUUGAUCGAUGUAGAGCAGUGUUUAGUCCAUUGCAGUCUGCAGAAGUGCUUCAGUGGGAAGAGAUGAAUGUUUCUCACUGUUGCAGAGGACUUUUCAUCUGAUUCAAGCUCUAUUUUUGAUAAAAAUGUUUUGUGCAAGAAAUUACACACCUGUAUCUUAUCCAUAAUAUGACAUGCUGUGCUCAUAUACUUUUUGCAUGCUGAAAGAAAUCCAAAAUGCUGUAAUUUAACAGAGGCAUGAACUUUUUGAAUAGACGAUGCAUUUUACAAAGGCUGGUUCUAAAAGUUAGUAUUUGCACAAAGAGUGCAUUAAACAUCAGGAUAGUUGUUUAGAGACAGAAAACUGCUGACCUUAAGUUCCUGCAGCAAUUUGAUGGAAUAUCUGAUGCAUAUUUUUGGUCAGUUUAAGUUUCUAAUUGCUUGUAUCCAUUGGUAUGCUGUAAUAAUGCUGUAAAUAAAACUCAUUGUAUUUUCUUUGA